UUAUUUCUGCAAAAUAUAUCCAAAAAAUUUAAUGUUUCUUCACAAUCAUGCAAUUCUCUUAGCUCCAUCCCUCUCUCUAGAAACUUUGAAAAAAGGGGCAAAAAUAAUUUUCAGUUGGAGAAAAGGGCAUUGAAUGAGAAACCCAGAAGCCCAUUUUUCAGCGGUGGACACACAAAAAAUUCGCAACUCCGAACACUGAGCAAUGUCGUCGGUCGACAUUGACGGAAUUUUGUUUAACACGAAGGAGCUCGAUCGCCUGCGGAAGGAGCAGGAGGUCGUCGUUCUUGAGAUAAACAAGAUGCACAAGAAGCUCCUCGCCACUCCUAAAGUGGUUGAGAAGCCUGGGGAUAAUUCAUUGUCAAAACUGAAGCAUUUAUAUACACAAGCAAAACAACUUUCAGAGGAUGAAGUGAGCGUUUCCACAACCUUAUUGGGCCAACUUGAAUCUUUGCUGCCCGCUGGACCUCCUGGGCAACCAAGGAGAAGGAUAGAGAAACCGAAAAGAAUGAAGGCAGAUUCAGAUAAUGCUCGGCUUUCACCUGCUAUGAGAAACCUCGAGGCUUGUGCUAAUAUGAAAGAUGAACAGGUGGCAGCCAGGGUGACGCCAGAUGGGGCUGAGAAGGACGAAUGGUUUAUUGUAAAAGUGAUACAUUUUGAUAAGGAGACAAAACUAUUUGAAGUACUAGAUGAGGAGCCAGGUGAUGAAGAUGAAGGUGGAGGGCAAAGAAAAUACAAGUUACCAAUGUCAGCCAUCAUUUCCUUUCCGAAACGAAAUGAUCCUUCUACUGUCCCUGAAUUCCUACCUGGAAGACGAGUGUUGGCUGUUUAUCCAGGAACAACUGCUCUUUAUAGGGCAACAGUUGUCAAUGGUCAUCGCAAGAGGAAGACAGACGAGAUGUUACUUGUUGGAAUUCGACGAUGACGAGGAAGACGGGUCGUCGACGUUGCCCCAAAGAACAGUACCCUUCCAUAAAGUGGUGGCCUUGCCUGAAGGACUACGCCAGUAAGCUCCCUGUAUUUAUUUUGUGAAUAAAAUAUAAGGUUGUAUGUAAAUCGUAGACCAAAAAAUUCGACUUAAUUUGUGUUUAAAUUUGAGAGAUGAUAAUGUAUUCAGUACAUUCACACAAGCUCUAACAAUGGUGAGGAAAAACCCAUGAUACGUCCUCAUGGGUGGAUGUUCGCUAAAUUAUAACAACAAUAACACCUUGUUCUAUCUUCAAAUAA